AUGUCGCAAAAACCUGGAAUGCCUGGGACUCACCCAGUGACAAUGCCUAUCCGACAGGCUUCUUAUUCGAGUGCUUUGAGCGACGAUGCGAUCCCCACUGCUGAUCCUUCAGAUACUUCUGGACUCCUCGAAGAACGUCUGCGAGCAUGGAAGCACGCAGUAGGAUACCUCGAAGAUUAUGUUAGCGCGACGGAGAAGGUGCAAAAGGCGCAUGCGAAGGAGUACGAGAAGGUGUUGAAGACAAUCAACAAUCCGCUGAAAGAAGGCCAUCAUUUCGAUCAAGGUCUUGGCGGGAUAGCAUCGGUUUUCGAGAAUAUGCGGUUGAAUACACAAGGCCUUGCAAACUCACAUCUCGAAACCGAACAAAACCUCAAAGGCUCCGUCCUACCUAUCCUCGACCGUUUACACAAAGAAAUCAAGAACAAGUCAAAAGAGCUAUCUUCAGGUGCGGCCAAAGGAGCCAAGGAGGUUGACAAGGCUCGAAAUACCACCCAGAAGCACAUCGAAUUAUUAGGCCAGCAAACCGCAAACUUCGAGUCCACUGGGGGCAAAAUGCAUUCCGCGGAAGAUCCAUAUGUCGUCAAACGAGGUGUUCUCCACCGACUAUCAGCUCAAGUUUUACACGAGAACAACAACAAACACGAUCUGAUAGCUGUACAAAACAACUUUGCGCAAUUCGAACAUCAUGUUAUUGAAGUCAUUCAACAAGCAAUGAUGUCCUUCAACCAAUUCGUAGCCGGUCAAGCGCAAAAACAACAAGAACUAUAUGGCGACAUGCUAGCCACCACGCAACGAGUCCCUACAGAUUUCGAAUGGAACCAAUUUGUCCAACGCAACUCCAACAUCCUAAUCAACCCCAACGCGCCCGAACGAACCGUCGAAGGAAUAGCCUUUGCCAACCAAAACCACCGCAGCACGCAACCCCUAAUCGAAGGAACCCUCGAGCGCAAGUCCCGCAACAAACUAAGCAUGUCCGGCUACUCCACCGGCUACUACGUCGUCACCCCCUCCAAAUUCCUCCACGAAUUCAAAGACAACGACAACCUCCGCAAAGACCCCGUCCCGGAACUCUCCAUCUACCUCCCAGACGCCGUGAUCGGUACGACGGCCGGCGAGAAAUUCAACAUCAAAGGGAAGGACGUGAGCAAAGGCAUCGGUAGCAAACUGUCAGGCUCCUCGGAAAUAUCAUUCAAAGCGCAUUCCCCCGCCGACGCCCAGAAAUGGGCCGACGUGAUUAAAUCUGUGGUUGGCGCUAGUCCGGCCGCGUUGUUACAUACGAAUACCAUGUCUAGUAUGGGUAGUGCGCCUGCGUCGCCGUUGUCGCCUGUUGAUCAGAAGAGUCCGGGUGCGUUGCAGACGCAGGGGAUCACGGGGGGUUCAAAUGUUGCGUCGCCUGUUUCGCCGAUGGGGCAGGGACAGGCGGGGGUUAUUGAUUCGAAGACGGGAGGGGUGGUGCCUGUUGAGAAGGCUUAG